GCACUAUAAAUUGUGCCCCUCGGCCCCAGCCUGGCACUGGCUCAAGCAGGCACUGGUACAGCAGGAACAGCCCAUCUGGGUCAGCAUGGCUUCUGAACAUCACCUGCCGCUCUCUAAGCAGCAGACCGCCCCGAAGAUCGCCAUCUUCGAGCAGGAAAACUUCCAGGGGCGCUGCCAUGAAAUCAGCGGGUCCUGCACCAGUUUGAAGGACGCCGGAGUGGAGAAAGUGGGCUCCAUCCUGGUGCACUCUGGACCCUGGGUCGGGUACGAGCAGGCCAACUGCAAGGGGGAGCAGUUUGUGUUCGAGAAGGGCGAGUACCCGCGCUGGGAUGCCUGGACCAACAGCCGGAGGAGCGACAUCAUCGGGUCCCUGCGCCCCAUCAAAGUGGACAGCCAGGAGCACAAGAUCGUUCUCUUCGAAAACCCCAGCUUCACCGGCAAGAAGAUCGAGAUCAUCGACGACGACGUGCCCAGCUUCCACGCUCACGGCUACCAGGAGAAGGUGUCCUCCGUGAGGGUGCAGAGCGGCACGUGAGUCCCCGGCCC